UUUGCGCGUUGCGGACGUCUCUCCCUCUGUCACUUGUCGUUGUCGUUGUCGUUGCCGUUGUCGUUGUUACGUCGUCACUGUGAGCUUUGGCGUGUUGGCAGACUGAAAACGCAGUGUAUCGCUUAAAAUCAGUGUGAAAGCUUCAAGAUGCUGCAGCAGUGUCUGAUUGCAGCGCUGCUUAUCGCAGCUUGCGUUCGUGAAACUUUUACAGCUCAAAGCAAGGACAAGGAAGAGUUUACAUGCCCCUCGCACAUUGCCAAUGGCAACUAUGCUGAUCCUGCGACCUGUCGCCGCUUCUAUCAGUGCGUCGAUGGCUACCCCUAUUUAAAUCGCUGCCCCUCUGGCCUCUACUUUGACGAUUUGCAAAAGUUCUGCACAUUUAAGGACGAAGCCAAGUGCGGACCGCUGCCAACAACACCUGCACCGGCAACGGAUGCGCCAGCCGACACUGCUCAGCGCUGCAACACAGAGGAGUGCCAGCUGCCCUACUGCUUCUGCUCCAAGGAUGGCACCCAGGUGCCUGGCGAACUGGAGGCUGAAAAGAUACCUCAAAUUAUAAUGUUGACAUUUGAUGGCGCCGUCAAUUUGAAUAAUUACGAUCAUUAUCAGAAGAUCUUCAAUGGCAAGCGCCAAAAUCCCAAUGGCUGCAAGAUUCGUGGCACGUUCUUCUUAUCCCACGAAUACAGCAACUAUCAACAGAUUCAACAUCUCGGCUAUGCCGGCCACGAAAUUGCAACCGAGAGCAUCUCACAGCAGCUGGGACUCCAGGACAAGGGAUACGAGGAAUGGGUGGGCGAAAUGAUUGGCAUGCGUGAAAUUCUACGCCACUUUUCGAAUGUGUCCGUCAACGAUGUGGUUGGCAUGCGUGCUCCUUUCCUCAAGCCAGGACGCAAUACUCAAUACAAGGUGCUGGAGGACUUUGGAUACAUUUACGAUAGCUCGAUAACCGUGCCACCAGUUCCAGUGCCCGUGUGGCCUUAUACGCUGGACUUUAAGAUCUCGCACGAAUGCAAGAGCGGCACUUGUCCAUCGCGAACAUUCCCGGGUGUGUGGGAGGUGCCAUUGAACACGCAUUAUGUUGAGGGUUUCGAGGGUGGUCACUGCCCCUAUAUGGAUCAAUGUGUGCUGCACAAUUUGGAUGAGAACGAAGUACUCGAAUGGCUGCAAGAAGACUUUUCUCGCUACUAUGAGCAGAAUAAGGCGCCUUAUAUGAUGCCCUUCCACACCAACUGGUUCCAGACCAAGCCACUCGAAAAUGGCCUACACAAGUUCUUGGACUGGGCUCUCGAAUUACCCGACGUCUACAUUCUGACCGUCACCCAGAUGUUGCAAUAUAUGACCGAUCCCAAGGAACUGCGCGAUGUUAACCAGAUCGAGUCGUGGAAGUGUGAUAAGAAUAUUGCCGUGGCGCCAAAACCCUGCAAUAUUUGGCAAACGUGUGCGCUAUCCUUCAAGAUACCCGAACAGAAUCUAACGGACACUCGCUACAUGGAGACGUGCCGCGAGUGCCCCAAUGUCUACCCAUGGUUGGGAGAUGCUGGCGGUACGGGCAUAUCGGGCCGGGACAACUACAUCUACUCGGGUGCCGGCGGUGAUGCGCCCGACGAGCCAGAGGCUGCCAAUAGAGAGUAGAAAGAUUUGUGAAUCCCUCCCCCACACCCCUGUCUCCCUGUCUUCCUGAUCUAUACUCCUAUGUUGAAUGUUCAUCUAUUUUCUUUGCACUUUCUCUAUAGUUGCAACUAUUUUCUGUUCUCUCAUUAAUUUCUACGUACGGCAUGAUGAUGCAAUAUUGAGCUUUUCCUUUGUUUUUUUGUAUACACUUGCAGAGGGUGUUUUGAUUAUGUCAUUAAAUAACAAUAAAUAAUCAAAUCAACAUCGGGCAGCCAAUUCAUUUAUUAAUUUAAUUUUGGCUGUGGACUCUGCUCUGCAAGUGUAUGUAAUGUUCAGAUUGUGCCCAACAUAUCUAUUCCUUCUUUGAAUGUUUUUUUUUUUUUUUGUAGCUAAACUUUUAUUUUCCAGUCUUUUGUAGCCUGUAAGCGAAAUUGUGUCAAACUGUUCUUAGUUUUAAU